UCCGGAGCAGGGCAGCUUCCAGCGGCGGCCGCAGAAAGACGAGAAGGAAGGAAGGAGAGAAGGAGGAGGAGGCGGGCGCCCGGGAGCCUCUCGCGCCCCGAAAGCCAGCCCCGCAGCCAGCCAGCCAGCCAGCCAGCCAGCGAGCGAGCGGCGGAGCAGGGGAGGCGGGCGAGGCGGCGGAGGAUGCGGGGCUCGUCGUAGGGGCGCGCCAUGGGCUCGGAGCCACCCCCGCCGCCGCCGGCCCCCGAGGAAGAGGAAGAGGAGGAGGAGGAGGAGGAGGACGAGGCCGGCGGGGCCUCGCGGGGGCUGACCGGGGUGGGAUGCGCCUGCCGCCGAGGAGGAGGAGGAGGUGGCGGCGAGCCGGGGGCGCUGGGUCGGGGCCCGUCGGGCUCGGGCUCGGUGUGGCGGGUGCUAGGCGGCUUCUUCGCCCUCUCGCUGGCGCUCCACCUCCUGACCCUCGGCUGCUACCUGGAGCUCCGCUCCGAGCUCCGACGCGAGAGAGGGCCGCCCGCUCAUGCCUGGAGCCGCCGAGCCAGCCAGGCCGCCCCCGACGCCCCCAGCCCCGGCAGCAGCAGCAGCAGCAACCGCCUCCGCCGGAGCAGCGCCGCUCUCCCCGAGGCCCCCUCCGCCUCGCCCGCCCCACCGACGGCCCCUCCGCCGCCCCCGACCAGGCCCCGGCCAGGCCGCCCGCCCCCACGGCACCAGGAGCAGCAGCAGCAGCAUCGCCAGGUAACCUUGUUGAGUUUCCUCUCCCCGGGGAAUUCGCAUCCUUUGCGAGAAGAGAGUCACCGCGUCCGCAGAAACAAGAGGAGCAAAGUCAGCGAAGGGUCUGAGGGCACAGCUUCCUCAAAAAAGAAAAAAGGGAAACGAGCCGGACCCCCAGGGCCACAAGGGCCACAAGGGCCCCCUGGACCCCAAGGGCCUCCUGGAAUCCCAGGGAUCCCUGGCAUACCAGGCACCACAGUGAUGGGCCCCCCCGGCCCACCUGGGCCCCCCGGCCCCCAGGGGCUCCCUGGGGUGCAAGGCCCUACAGGUGCCACAGAUAAAGCAGGACCCAGAGAUGCCCAGCCUGCUGUGGUUCACCUCCAGGGACAAGGAUCAGCCAUUCAAGUCAAGAAUGAUCUUUCAGGUGGAGUCCUCAAUGACUGGUCCCGCAUCACCAUGAAUCCCAGAGUGUUCAAGCUGCACACCCGCAGCGGCGAACUGGAGGUACUGGUGGACGGCACCUACUUCGUCUAUAGUCAGGUAGAAGUCUACUACAUCAACUUCACGGACUUUGCCAGCUACGAAGUGGUGGUGGACGAGAAGCCCUUCCUGCAGUGCACCCGCAGCAUCGAGACCGGCAAGACCAACUUCAACACCUGCUACACGGCCGGCGUCUGCCUGCUCCGGGCGCGGCAGAAGAUCGCCGUGAAGAUGGUCCACGCCGACAUCUCCAUCAACAUGAGCAAACACACCACCUUCCUGGGAGCCAUCCGGCUGGGAGACGCGCCCACCUCCUAAAGGACUCAGGCGGCCACAGCUGGCGGCAGCAGCAGCAGCAGGAGGAGGACACGGAGGAGGACACGGAGGAGGACUCAGCCGACCCGGGGCUGCUGCCGCCGCCGCCGCCCGCCAGACAGGAGAGCCGGGGCCAGGAGGCUGG